AUGUGUGAGAAUGACAAGUUAAAACUGUGUGCCCUUCUUGUUCGAAAAGAAAAGCUGAUGAAUAUGAAGAGAAUUAUUCAGAGGUCAAUCAAAGAAAAAAUUAAUUCAUCAGAAAGUUUUAUAGAAUGCAGCGAAUCAGAAGGAGAAGUGCCUUUGAUUACUAGGAGUUCUGAAAAUGACGUCAUAAGGACAUCGACCAUUUCCCUACCUCGCUUAAAUUUAUUUUUUAAUAAGCAAGAUGACAAUUUUUCCAAUAUUAAUGAAGAUAACCAUGAAAAAUCAUUUUUGUACAAAUCAGAAGCAUUAAAUAUUAUUCAAAAUGAAGAACCACAUGCUAAUAAUAUUGGAAUAGAAGCGGGAUCUACUUCAAUCAACUCUGAUAGUUUUGUAGUAUCACACGCACGUGAGAUUUGUCAUAAAGAGGUGGUUGAGAAUAUGCAGACACUGUCUCCCCUACUUGUUUUAGAAAUCGAUGCAUCUAAUUCUAAAAUCACGUCAAUGUGCGAUACAAUACAAGAAGUAAGGCACCCGAAUGAAAAAGACAAUAUACAAGACAUAUCACUUCUAAACAUUGAUAUAGACGCUGAUGCAUCUGACUUAGAUACCUUUGUCAUUCCAAAUAAUAUUGAACUUGAAUUAAACCAUACAAACAAAGAUGAGAAUAUACAGACACUACAGCAUACAACGGAGCCAAGACUUGCUUUAGAUACCUGUGAAGUAGAUAUCCCUGAAAACAAUAUAGAAGUCCCUCAAGAGCAAAAAAAAUUAUGUCCUGAAAUAAAUGAAAUAGAACAUGAGCAACAAAAUAUUGUCUUGAAACCAACUAUCACUUCUCAGGAUGUUCCACUUAGUAGUGACGAAAAUAACAAUACAAAAAGAACUGCUAAAAGACAACGGUUAACAUCAAAAUUUGCAAAGUCAUGCAUGGAUUUUUAUUCAGAAGAAGAAAACAAUGAUUUUUCUUCGGGAAGCUCGGACUUAUGGUCAGAAAAAGAGAUUUCGGUUGAUUCAGAUGAAGAAAAUAAUCAAAAGAGGAAAAGAAAGAAAACGAAGUCUAAAAAACUUACAAAAACGACAAAACUAGAUAGACAAAUAGUACCAAUAAAAAAAAGAAAACCUGAAAAUAAACGGGAAACAAGAAAAACUCUAAAAGAAAAAGGUUUAGCUUAUGCAACAACAUCUGGAAAACUAAAAGAAGCCCGAAAAUUACGCGGAAAUCCUUGUAAGGAACAAAAAUGUGUCAGAAAAUGUUUUGAAAUAACAGAAGAUAGACGAAAAUCUCUUUUUGAUUAUUUUUGGGCACUUGAUGAUACAAAAAAAAGAGAUUGGUUAGUACAAUGCUCUAGAGUAAUAGAUAUAAAACGCAAAAAGACAAAAAAUAUAAUAAGCAGGAGAUCUUUGUCUCAUGAAUAUUUUAUUAAUGAAGGUGAGGGACGCAGGCAAGUUUGCCAGCAAUUCAUUCUAAAGACACUGGAUAUAUCUCAAACAUAUCUACUAUAUACAGUAAACCAUGCAACCGAAGGAUUAUCAACCCAUGAAUCUAGAACACGUACCGCACCUGACAAAUACGAUGAAAAUACAAAAUUAGACGCAAAAAAGUACAUAGAAACUUUGCCAGCUUUACCGUCUCACUACAGCAGGAAAAAAUCAAAUAAAUUGUACUUACCUGAACAGUUCAAGAACUUAUCAAACUUAUAUAGACUGUACGUUAAACACUCUGAACGGUUAUCCAUAAAGUGUUUAAGUGAAAAGAUGUUUUCGAUAAUGUUUAGAGAAUAUAAUUUUGCGUUUCAUGUCCCCAAGAAAGAUAAGUGUUCUAUCUGUACUAAAAAUGAAAAUAAUCCGGAUUCAACGACUAAUGAACAAUUGCAGGAACACUUAAUGGAGAAAGAGGCUACAUACAAACGUCUUCACAUUCAUCGAAAUUUGAAAUCGGAUCAGGCGUUAGUUGUGGCUAGUUUCGACCUCCAAAAGGUUUUAGCAACACCUCACGGGGAAAGCAUGAUGUUGUACUAUUCACGAAAGUAUGCUGUAUAUAAUUUUACAGUAUACGAGUGUAAAACACAAAAUGGAUAUUGCUAUACAUGGGGGGAAGGAGACGGUAAAAGAGGAAGUUGUGAAAUAGCAACAUGCCUUACUCGUUAUUUAAAAGAAGUUGAUAACAGAGGAGUAAAAACAUUAAUAUUUUACUGUGAUAACUGUACGGGACAGAAUAAAAAUAGAGUGAUUUUAUCCCUGUUCAAAUAUUUCCUGCAAACAUCUCAAAAUCUACAAACAAUACAAAUAAACUACCUCCUUCCUGGCCAUACAUAUAUGCCGGUCGAUAGUAUGCACGCUGUCAUUAAAAGGGAAGUAAAAAAUUUGAUUAUUUGGGCACCAUCUCAAUGGGCCACGUUUAUGGAGACUGCCAGAAAGCGCCCAAAGCCUUAUUCUGUAGAGGUAUUAGAACAUACAGAUUUUAUAAACUUUAAUAAUCUAUCGGAUACCAUAUUUACUCCAGCAACCCUUAAAAACAAAGAUCUGCGUAUGAAACAAAUAAGAGUGUGCACUUUUAAAAAAUCUGCAUUGGCUCAUAUGCAAGUGAAAUAUACAAUGCAUGAAAAUGGUACCACUUAUAAUAUUAAUCUCUCCAGACAAAUGCAUGAAAAAGGCAAAGGUAAAGGAAUAGGAAAGAGGACAAAUAAAGGUAAACAGAAAAAAGACUCAGAUAAAGUAAAUGAAAAUAAAGAAGGAAGUAGAAGUUCGGAUGAUAUUUUAUCACCCCUUUAUAGGGAACGAUUGCCAAUUUCAGUGGCAAAAUAUAAUGAUCUCAAAAAAUUAUGUGAAACUGGUAUUAUUCCAAAGAGAUUCCAUGAUGAAUAUUUGCGCCUCCCAAAUAAAGCAAAAGUCCUCGAUGUUCUCAAUGAUACUGAUGAAAAUGACGAGGAUAAUGAUGAAUCAUAUGAACCAAACUAA